CCAGAAAACCAACUAAUAUGAGGAGUGUUUUCGCAUUGACUUUGCUGCUUAGCUGCCUAGCUGGCAUAUUGGCUCAGCAACAUGCUAUGACUAAGGAAAUUGUGGAAGGCUGCAUGAAGGAGAACGGUGUUUCGGCGCAGGAUCUAUCGGAUCUGCAAACGGGCAAGGUGAAGCCAGAGAACGCCAAGGACACGAUGAAGUGUGCCACACAAUGUGUCCUGGUCAAGAGCGGUUUCAUGGACGCCUCCGGAAAGCUGCUCACGGACAACAUCAAGAAGGUGUACAGUGGCUCACCGCUGCAGGCUCAGGUGGACAAGGAUGUGGACAAGUGCAGCCAGAUUAAAGGAGCCAAUGCCUGUGACACGGCCUACCAAAUGCUAACCUGUUUCCAUGGGGAAAUUAAGAAGGCCUAAUACCAUUUAAAGGAUGACUACUUAAAAGUCGAGGAGAGCCCCACCACCAGUAAUAAAUGCAAGCAGAAUUAUACUUAAAAUAACUCAAAUAUGUUCCAUCCAAUCAUUUCAUUAGCUACUUGGGUAGCUAAUUUGAAACAAGAUUCUGUAAAGUAUCUGGAAAAUGCCAGCAAUUUAAUUAUUUCCAACCGCUUUGGCAAAAGGCAAACAGAGCACUCAUAAAAUCAUAGCCAUCGGCAACAAUUUCAA